CGCGUCGCCCCUUUGCCACCACCACCACCCACCCGUCUUCUUUGUUGUCAAGACUCUCAAAACAGCAAUAAUCUCACCCGCAAAUAAUCCACGCGUUCUUUAAAACUUGAAAUAAUGGACAAAUCGCUUGACGAGGUCAUUUCUUCUCGCCCAAGAGGCGCCCGUCGUGGUACUGGUCGUCGCGGAGGUGCAGGGGCCAAGGCCCAACUUCUUGGAGCUACUGGUGCCAACCCUGCUGCCCGCGCCGCCACUACCGGCGCUAUUAAAGCCACAGCCACCACCUCUGCGCAACCCGCAGAUAAAAUCAUCGUUUCCAAUCUUCCAACAGAUGUGAAUGAAGUUCAAAUCAGAGAACUAUUCUCCACUACUGUUGGAGCCUUGCGCGACGUCACCUUGCACUAUGAUAGCGCCGGACGGUCAAAAGGUGUCGCAGCUGUCCAUUUCCAACGGAAGGGCGAUGGUACUUUGGCCUACCAGCAAUAUAACAACCGAUUGAUCGAUGGGAAACGCCCGAUGAAGAUCGAGAUCGUAGUCGACCCCGCACGUCCCGCCCCGCCCGCUUCGCUUGUAUCGCGUGUUGCUCCUGCCGCUUCCGCUCCUGCAACUUCAGAUGCUCGAAGUGCAAGACCUGCCACGCGUGGCUCUCGCCGUGGAAGAGGCCGUGGAAGGAAGGGGAAUGAAAGACCUCAGAAGAGUGUGGCUGACCUUGAUGCAGAGAUGGAGGAUUACACUGCGAGCAAUGUCGUUGCUCCCACUGCUGCUUAAAGUAGCCCGUACCAUGUGUAUCUGCUAAUGCUGAUCGUUCUGUUGUUCCACUUUGAUAACGAUCCGAUUUAUUCUUAGUAGUUUCCGUCCUGUAUUUUACACGCUUGCUUUUCUGGGACUCUAGUUUCUUUUGUGACCAUCGAGUCUCUUCACGUUC